AUGGUGGCACCGGCUUUGAGAUGCAGUGUCUGGUCAGCAGGCCAGGCGUGGCGUGGCGUGCUUGCUGGAGACACGGAUCGCUGGAAAUGUACGCACCUUGUGUCUGCUACUGAACCUGCAGGUGUCAACAGCUUCUUGAGACGGACACAUACGUGCGGCGAGCUAGGCUUGGAGCACGUGGGUCAGGAGGUCACUCUGUUCGGGUGGAUUCAGUACCAGAGAAACGCGCAGUUUGUGGUGCUGAGGGAUUUCCAAGGACUGACCCAGCUGGUGGUGCCCGAGGGAGAGGCAUUCUCAGCCCUCAGGCUGUGCCUGUUUGAGGUGCCCGUGGAGUCGGUGGUGAGUGUCAGCGGCGUCGUUGUCCGUCGUCCGCCUGGGCAGAGCAACCCCAACAUGGCGACAGGGGCGGUGGAGGUGAAGGUACAGGGGGCGCGCCUUCUCAACCGCAGCAAGACUCUCCCCUUCGAAAUACAUGACUUUACGAAGAAAUCUGAAGCCUUGAGAAUGAAGUACCGCUACUUGGAUUUGCGCAGCAGUCAGAUGCAGCACAACCUGAGGACGCGCUCGGACAUGGUGAUGAGGAUGCGGGAUUACCUCUGCAACAUCCACGGUUUUGUGGACGUGGAAACUCCGACGUUAUUCAAGAGAACACCGGGGGGGGCGAAGGAAUUCGUGGUGCCGUCCCGGGAGCCCGGCCGCUUCUAUUGCCUGCCGCAGAGCCCCCAGCAGUUCAAGCAGCUGCUCAUGGUGGGGGGGAUCGACAGGUAUUUCCAGAUUGCAAGGUGCUACAGAGAUGAAGGCUCAAAACCGGACCGGCAGCCCGAGUUCACACAGGUGGACAUCGAGAUGUCGUUCGUGGAGCAGCAAGACAUUCAGAGGCUGGUGGAGGGCCUGCUGGUGCACAGUUUGCCCAGGGGCUUGAUGGGCACGCCACCUCCGUUCCCCGCGCUUACGUACCAGCAGGCCAUCGCGCUAUAUGGCACCGACAAGCCCGAUACCAGAUUCGACAUGCAGUUGGUGAACAUCAGUGAAGCUCUGCGCAGCACCCAGAUCUCCUUCUUGCAAGCGGCACUGGCAGGGAAGGAGUGCAGCGCACGUGCCCUGCGUGUGCCGGGCGGCAGCGAUUUCCUGAACCGUAAAGAUAUUGAAAUGUUCAUGGAUACGGCGCAGAGCCAAUUUGGCCAGAGGGUGAAUGUGAUAACAUUGAACGCUGACGGCACUUGGAAGUCUUCAUUGGCAAAGUUUGUAUCGAGUUCGGAGAAGGAGGAAAUAUCUCGACUCACCGGGGCUCAGCCAGGAGAUGUCGUGAUCGUGGCUGCAGGAAACACACUCUCUGUGUGUUUGGCGCUGGGACUGCUGCGGCUGAAAUGUGCCAACAUCUUGGAAGCGAAGGGGCAGGUGCUGCGUAACCCCAAGGACUUGCGCUUCCUGUGGGUUGUGGAUUUCCCUCUCUUCCUGCCACGAGAGGAGGAGCGCAGCAGCGGCUCGCUGGAGUCUGCUCACCACCCGUUCACAGCUCCACACCCGGACGACGCGGACCUCAUUUACGCCAGGCCUCAGGAUGUGAGAGGUCAGCACUACGACCUGGUGCUGAACGGCAGCGAAAUUGGCGGAGGCUCCAUCCGCAUCCACGACGCCGCUCUGCAGAAGCACGUCCUGCACGACGUGCUCAAGGAGGACGUGGAGCUGCUCAGGCACCUGCUGGAGGCGUUGGAGUCCGGAGCGCCGCCUCACGGCGGCAUCGCCUUGGGUCUCGAUCGACUGGUGGCCACCGUCGUGGGAUCUGCCAGCAUUAGAGAUGUCAUCGCCUUUCCCAAAUCCUUCCGCGGUCACGACCUUAUGAGCGGUGCCCCAGAUGUAAUUUCCGCUGAGGAGCUGGCACAGUACCACAUAAAGGUUAACUCUGAAAAUGGAGUCGGGCGGUGAACAUCGCCGGUCUCUAACGCUAAGGCCGCUGACAGACCAUGUGUGAUGGCCACUAAAAGGGUACGGAGGAAAAGGUUUUCAAGAUUAAGGUGUGUAGGGCUGGAGAAAUUAGUUCAGAUGGCAAGCAAGUUGUGAAUGCGGUGAGGAAUUAGCAGGUAAACCAGCGCGAGAUGCACGCGGACACUCAAACAGUGGAGUUGAUGAUCCCCAAAGGGCGACGCAAUUCAGAUUGGCAACACUAGUGACGGAAAUCAAACCAGCACUUGGCAGAACUCGACUCAGAACCGGAAAUGCUAUGGGAAGGAUUUUAAAUGGCUGCAAUUGAGACAGUGGCACAGGUGUUAGGUCUACAUCGGUGAAAAGGAAGGAAUAUUUCAAACAACACAGGGCAUAGAUUAGGAGAAUACAUUUUAAUCAUUAUUGGGCUGGCCACUAAGGAAGAACUAGAGAGGACUCUUGCUAAUUUGCACGUGAAAAUUUACGAAAGCAGAAAUAAAUGGUAAUAGUAAUAGGUUUUUACCCUUUCAACUGGUACAAAAACUGACACCUUUAUACAAGACAUCCAUCAUGUUUGCAAUAAUCACAACACAAGCAGUCAAAAUGCAAACAAAAGGUUAAAUGUAUUUACAUUAACAGGUUAAAUGUCUCACUAACACAGCCAUCGUUGCUUAUUUUCAUUGAUGUUGCGGUGGCUCUACGAUCUUAUAUUGACAUGCUCUCUCUCACAAUACAAUGGCCACCUCUGCAGCUUUAUCGUCCUGGAGGUAGCUCAGCUCUGCGAUCUUACAUUUACUUGAAAAUGUCAUCACUCGCCCCGCCCACUUCGCUUAUGACCCUUGGGCUACACUCAUCUCAAACCUUUCUAACAUCCUGCCUCAGCAGCUCUCACUAUUUUUUCACCUGAUGAUUAUUGCUUGUGUUGCGAUCGAAACGUCGUGAUAUUUUUAUUAUUUUUUCUAUGUACGUGGCCUUACCGAAAGACCCAAAGAAUUUAGAAUGUUCCAAAAUAUAUUAUUUUAAUCAGAACGAUUUUAAUUUAGACAGCACCUAAAUACCAUCAGCAUCUGUAGGCGCUGUAGUUGGAGUAGUCCCAACAUUACUGGUAUUUUAUUUGGCUCGGGGCAUGUGGUAGUUUCAUGCCUAAAUUCUCAUUGUUAACCCUUGACCAUCCGACGUCGAUGAGGUUCUGAGCGGUGAAGCCCCCUGCUGUGACUGGUGGCUACAGACGUGGUUAUUGCAAACAUGAUGCCUUGUAUAAAGGUGUCAGUUUUUGUACCAGUUGAAAGGGUAAAAACCUAUUACUAUAUUUUGCCACUGCUAAAGGAGGUCUCAUAGCAGAAAUAAAUGGUUGAGUUAGUGGCAAAACCAUGACAACAGAUCUAUAGCAUGUUUGCCCCCCUUGUUGCAGAGGUUUCGUGGUCCAAACCCAACAGGCCGCCCUGGUGAAUAUGGCUGGUGUGUAAACAGUGGACCAUCUAAUAAAUCAUCUGAUGUCAUUCGAAGAGAGCAGGGCCAAUGUGUGCUGCCAUCGUGGUUAAAAUUAGCUAAUUUAUCCACAAAUUACGAAAUUGGAAUUAUCACAGCGCACAGUCACCUUCAACUAGCAGACUAAUUUCAGUGGAGGGGGGGGGGGCAGUCCAGUAAUGAGUCACCUGCCACACAGGGGCAGCUGCCACUGGGGGUUCCCUUUCAAAUGUUUGAGAUGGAAUGUGAGGUCAGGCACUUUGCGUUGCUGGACCAUGCCAGCAAGCACCAUAUCAAUGUAGAUGUGAUCAUUAUUAGUAUUAUUCUGUUUAGAUGUGAGAUCGAAUUGGAUGAGUUUUUUUAAAGUACAUUUUUGGUACGAGUUGAGGAUGGCAGAGGCGCUGAACAUGCUGGACAAUGCUCCCAUAUUUUUCCUCCGCCCUUAGCUUGGAACUUCUGAUACACGGUUUAUAGAUGGGUUUUGUGGUUUAAAAUCGGGCAAAUGUGGGCUGUCUUUCACAGCUUCAUUGUACUUUGUAAGGCCUUUUUAAUAAUAAAUGUACAUACUGUAACAAAAUGGUUAA